AUGGAUUCAAAAAGUAAAAAGAUGGAGGAAUUUGGAAAGGAAUACCUUGAAGAUCUCUUAUCAAGGUCAUUCUUUCAAUGUUCGAGUAAGAAUGCAUCAUUUCUCCAAAUGCAUGACCUCGUACAUGAUUUAGCCAUGCUUGUAUCAGAUGAUUUUUGCUUUAGGUUGGAUUUGAGUAGUGAUGUGCAUAGCCUUCCAACAAAGAUUCGUCAUCUGUCAUAUAGGAGAAGCAAUAAUUACGACCUCGACAAACUUCAAGGUUUGAGUAAGGCUAUUUCUUUGCGUACCUUUGUAGCAUUGCCAUUGCAGAUUCUAGGUGGACUAGGCUCUGGAAACUAUUUAGUCCCGAACAAUAUAUUGCUUACAAAUGGAAGCUGUUUAAGAGUGCUUUCUCUAAGUGGAUCUUCUAUCAAGGAGUUGCCGGAUUCAAUUGGUAGUCUAAUACAUUUAAGGUAUUUGGACUUGUCUGCUUCUAAAAUCGAAGAGUUACAUGAGUCAGUUUGUAGUUUGUACCAUUUACAAACUUUAUUGUUGUCGUGGUGUAGAAACCUUUCUCAAUUACCAAGGAAUAUGGAAAGACUGAUCAACUUGCGUUACUUAGAUAUUACAGAAGUACCUUUGAAAGAGAUGCCGCAAGGAAUCAGUCAGAUGAAAUGCUUGCAACUCUUAUCACAGGUAGUAUUGAGUGACAAGCAUAAGGAUGACGUGUUCAAAAUUACAGAUUUAGCAGAGCUUGAACAUCUAAGUGGAAGCCUUUGCAUUUUGGGUUUGGAAAAUAUUAAUGAUGCAAUGGAGAUAUCAAAGGCUAAUUUAAAAGAUAAGAAGGACCUUACAGAACUAACUUUGAGCUGGAGCUAUGAUGCUGUUGAUGCUGAUAGUUCGCAAAAAGAAUUGGAUGUACUUGACGCACUUCGACCACAUACAAGCUUGAAGCAUCUGGAGAUUGAAAGAUAUAGAGGUAGAACAUUCUCGAACUGGAUUGCAGAUGAUUCAUUUUCUAAUUUAGUAUCGAUUAGUUUGAGAAAUUGUAAAAGCUGCUGUUAUUUACCACCACUUGGACAACUAGCUUCUCUCAAAUAUCUCGGAAUUGAUGGAUGUGAUAGUGUGUAUUCAAUAGGCGAUGAGACUGAGAGCAGUGGUCCUCUAUUCACUUGUUUAGAAAGAUUACAUAUUUGGAAUAUGUUGAUGUGGAAAGAAUGGUCAUUUGGUACCGAAGCAAUUCUUCAAGAAGGUCAAAUAUUCCCUCUUCUAAAAGAACUUCGGCUGUAUAAUUGUCCCAAGCUUAGUGUUGGCUUACCCGGUUAUCUUCCAUCAUUAGAAAAUCUCUAUAUCAUUACGUGUAAAGAAAUGAAGGAUUUGCUUCCGAGAACUCAUCAGACUGUCACAGCCCCACCCUUUCUUCGUCGAGUAUUUAUAUCGAAGUGUCCUGUGUUGGAGUCACUUCUAGAUUGGGGAUCACACUCCAAAGUAAAGGAACUUAGUCUAUGGAACACAAAAGUGCUUUUUGAGAAUCGUAUUAAAUGGGAUCUACAGAAACUCUCAUGUUUGGAACGCAUAGAUAUCAGAGGAUGGGAAGAUGAUUCGUUUCCCGACGAAGGGCUCCUUCCGAUCACUCUUACUACUAUUUGGAUCGAUAAUUCUAGCAAACUUGAGACCCUAAAUGGAAAGGCUUUUCAACAACUAACAUCCCUUACGUCCUUGUUUAUUUAUGACUGUGAAAACCUUCAGUGCUUGCCAGAAGAAGUGCUGCCUACUUCUCUUACUCAUUUAUCAAUACAUAGAUGUCCUUUGCUAAAUCAACGAUGUGAAAAAGGAGGAGAAGAUUGGCCUAAGAUUCAACACAUCACACAUCUAUAUAUCAGUAAAUGGAUGAUCAAUGAGUUGAAUGAAUGAACUAUAUCAUCGAGUGGCUUUGUAAAGUUGAUGAUUUGGCGGAGUAACUUUGUCUCCAGAAAAUUAAACGGCAACAAGGAUCCAAUGCAAUAUAUGGCUGCUUAUGAUGAUAUCAGUAGAUUCUAGGCUUAAAGUUUACUCUGUUUUUGUUCAAUUCCAUAAUGUCAUUCUUACUGUUUGUUAACAUUUGUCAGAAGGAAUCAAAAUGUAUUCAAUAUUCCUUAAGAGGAGAGGUACACAGUACGUGGGUAUUUAUAUUACCCAUUGAAGAGAGCAAAUAAAAUAUCUAGGACACUUGUCACCACAAGAAUAAAAGAAGAGGCCUAAUAACAAUUUCUAUUGUUUAACAACAUUCAAUCAUGUGUGGUGAAAUUUAUAUACAAACUUUUCGAGUUUGGUUCACCAUGGUUGUUUAUCAUCAGGUUAUGUUGGUUAGAAAGCCACACUUGUGGUUUUAUAUGGAUAAUUCUAAGAUGCUGUGGCAUCAGAUUCAAUGUUUGAUGUUAGUGACAUUAAAUCUACCUAGUGUCCUUUAAAAUAUACAUGAUCCAAUGUCGAUCGAUUUCAUAGCCUUGUUUAGAUGCUCAACUUUUAUGAACUUUAAUCUGCUCUAUGAUUUUAUAUUGGCUCUGUUCUUGUAUUUUAUCUUGGUAUGCUAAACAAAAGAAUCUGUU